AUGGAGCAGUGGAAGCAGCUGGAGGAGGCUGGGCUGUUGCCCCCGGGGCUGGGCCUGCCUCCCCAGGCCCUGAGGGGGGUCCCUCUGGAGGGGCGAUCCUGUCUGACCCUCCCCUGCUUGACAGACACUGGCAAAGCCAGGGAGCACCUGCUGUGGAUCUGGGAGCAGCUGGGGAACCUCCGCCGACUGGACGUGCAGCUACUAGGCCAGCUGUGCAGCCUGGCGCUGCAGAUGGGGGUGCUGCGGGAGGAGCUGGCUGCCAUCCUGGAAGAGGAGGACCCGAGCAGCGAGGAAGAGGAGGAGCAGGUAGAGGAGGAAGCGCUCCCGAGGAAACAGGAGGAGGACCUGGGGCCCUCCUGGCUGGCCACCCGCCUCCCUGACUUUGAGAUGACCAUCUGAGACAGAGCGUGGGGUUUGCAGGUCGCACGGACAUUGGGGAGCGCACUGUCCUUCCUCUCAAACCAGUGCUUUCUCUGCAGGGGUCUUGAGUGAGAUAUGGGCAUUGGCCUGAGAGUCCAAAUUUGGCCCUUUUCCUGUGGCAGCUUACCGAGAAGCUGCGAGUGCAUUUGCAGAUGACCCCUUGCCACCCAGCAGCAACCUAAUCCCCCCCCCCACCGCACCCCUCCCCACCCACCCACCCACCUCCUUCGUGCCAGGCUUGCCCUGGGCCUUGCCUCAGUCUCUGUAGAAUAUUUAUAACUUCUCUGAUUUUGCUCAAAGACAGAUGGCUUCUGUGGGGCUACCUGGACAGCGCUGCCUGGGGGCCGUUGGCUGUUGAGACAUGCAGAAAUUCCAACUCUAAACCAUUCUCUCGGAAUACUGUAGUCACCGUUGGCAUCUUGUGAUUGCCUCCUGACCUGAGUGUCCAGUAACUCCAGAAAUCUGAACACACUGCCCUCACAUGGAUUCUGGCUCCCAGUGACCCUCCAGGACAGGGAGGACUGCCACUGUGGGCUUCCAAGAAAGCAAUGCUCUAGGGGAGCAG